CACAGACUCUCAGACGCCAGUGCUGACAGCAGUAUCUCAGAUCCCAGCAUGAACGUUUCUCCUGGUGUGAUCAAGUUGCUAAAAAAACAUGGAUACACCAUGAAGAAAGAACUUGGACGAGGAGCUUCAGGAAUAGCGUUUCUGGUGGAAGACACAGACGGAGACCUUUAUGUGGUCAAACAGAUGAAUUCCAGAGAUGCGGAGGAGCUGGAUACUGUCAAAAAGGAAGUCGAGAUCCUGAAAACUCUGAACUUUGGAUAUAUUGUCACUUAUGUGAAUUCAUUUGAAGAUAAAGAAGCGGGACACAUUUAUAAUGUGAUGGAGUAUUGUGAAGGAGGUGACCUUUCAAAAAUCAUGAAAACACAGAAAGAAAAAUGUUUUUUUGAAGAAAAACAGAUCCUCGACUGGCUGGUUCAGAUUUGUCUGGCUCUGAAGUAUCUCCAUGAGAAGAAAAUUAUUCAUAGAGAUAUUAAGCCUCAGAACAUCUUUCUGACUGAAGAUGGUUACGUCAAUCUAGGAGAUUUUGGAUGCUCAACAGCUUUGGAAAGAGCUGAUGAUUAUGCUAGUUCAGUUGUGGGUGCAAGGCUCUACGUCAGCCCAGAAGUUUAUCAGAAGAAAUAUAAUUCCAAGAGUGACAUAUGGUCAUUGGGAUGGUUGCUCCAUGAUCUCUGCAUGCUUGAUGUGUGGGCCGAUAACAUGCAGCGCCACAUACUUCAUGCUGUCAGUAUGGCAGGAAACCCCCCUCCCAUCUCAGAGAGAUACUCAGAGGAACUUCGGGAAUUAAUCAGUCAAAUGCUCAGUCAUGAUCGUAAAGACAGACCUUCAGCUGAAGAGAUUCUAGCUAAACCGUUCCUGACAGAUACAGUAGACAGAAACAGCAGAACUCCAGAGACACUGCUACAGAGAUUUAUAAAGUCUAUCACCAGCUUUGAUGAGGCCUUCAACAAGCACUAUAAAGACUUUGAGGUUUUAGUUAGUGAGUGGGGAAGAAUAACAGAUUCGAUGGAGUCUGCACAUUACAGCGCCACAGCGGGGAGUCUGUCAGGUUCGGUGAUCGGAGCAGCUGGAGGAAUCACUGCAUUAGCUGGUUUAAUUUUGGCACCGUUCACUCUUGGGGCGUCUCUGAUUGUUACUGGUGUUGGUGUUGGAAUAGGAGUUGCAGGUGGAGUAACAGGUGCUGCAUCCACCAUUACUAACACUGUACAGCAAAAAUCAUUCAGAGAGAGUCUUGAACAAAUUCAGCAGAAGUAUGAAUCUGUAAGCGAACCAAUUCUCACACCACUGAAUACACUGAGAAAGGUUCUGAGAAAAAUCACAAAGUUCAGUGUUUUUUUCAGCAGCUCAGCUUUUGACAAUGUGCAAAUGUCAUGCAAUUUAGACAGAAGGAAUGUUUUGUGUGCCGCACAACUCAUGAAUUUGGGUCUGUUGGCAAAUGUUAGCAGAAUUGCUACUCAGACUGCAAGAGUAGGGCGAGUUGUAGCAGAAGCAGUCUCAGGAGUGUUAAGUGGACUGUUAGUCUUACUUGAUGUCGCCUUCAUAGUGAUGGAUUCUGUAGACAUUCACCAGAUGAGACAGGGAAACGUAGAUGAUCCAGAAAAGGUCCAAUCCAGUGUGCUUAAAUCCAUUGCAGAGAUGAGGAGAACACAUAAUGAGCUUUUCAAUGUCCAGAGGGAUAUACAAACAACAAGAGAGGAACUAAAAGGCUAUAUAGAAUGGGCCAGGGUGACAGAGAAAUAG